AUGGCGGACGAGGAGCACCCGGAGAGGAGGGAGGAGGCCUCGGAGCUUGCCCCCUUUGAUCCAACCAAGAAGAAGAAAAAGAAAAAGGUUGUCAUCCAAGAACCUUCUGAUGAAGUGGACAAGCUUGCAGAGAAGACAGAAACAUUGGCAGUCACGGAACCCGCUGAACUUAACUUCACUGGAAUGAAGAAGAAAAAGAAGAAGCAGGUGGAUCUUGAGUCAUCUAUUGCCGACCUUGGAGAUGGGGAGGACACUCAAGAUGAUCAAGCUGUAGAGGAACAAGGGGAAGGCAUUGAGCUUGGAGGUGGUCCUACAUAUCCUUGGGAAGGAACUGACCGGGAUUAUAAAUAUGAAGAGCUGCUGGACAGAGUGUUCAACAUUCUUCGCGAGAACAACCCAGAUCUUGCUGGGGAUAGGCGUAGGACCGUUAUGAGGCCACCACAAGUUCUUAGGGAGGGAACAAAGAAGACAGUUUUUGUUAAUUUUAUGGAUUUGUGUAAAACGAUGCAUAGACAACCUGAGCAUGUGAUGAUGUUUUUGCUUGCUGAAAUGGGAACAAGUGGGUCACUUGAUGGGCAGCAAAGGUUGGUGAUCAAAGGAAGAUUUGCCCCCAAAAACUUUGAAGCAAUCCUGAGGAGAUACAUCAAUGAGUAUGUCAUCUGCAAUGGAUGCAAGAGCCCUGAUACCAUUCUGUCCAAGGAAAAUCGUCUGUUCUUCCUUCGCUGUGAACAGAUAAAUGUUACUCUCUCCAUUUAG